GCUCAAUCAAUGAGCUGGCUGUGGUGAACUAUGUGCCUGUCGGGACACGCCCCUGCUGACUGCUCCUAUGGCUCCUCCCACAGGCCCCUGUAUAAAGGAGACCUGCGGCCUGAAGAUCGGCCUCAGUCUCCAGGACCUUGUAUGAUAGACACUCACUCCUGGUUCCUUCUUCCAGUCAAUAAAAGCCGAUAUCUCGCCUACGUCUCAGUGUGAGUUAUUGAUGGUGCAUCAAUUUUAUUGACUGGAAGUUUUAAAACAUGGAACCCGUUUUGCGUCCGGACCGGUUGGAUUUGGACCCUCAAGACCCUGACGCAGCUCUCGCUUUUGAACACUGGCUUGCAUGCUUCCAAUCGUACUUGGCGGAGCUUCGUGCGACUGAACCCGCCGUUAUGCACAGAAUCCUACUCUCGAGGGUCUCCUCCAAAGUUUACUCCUUUAUCCGGGACCUGCCGACCUACGAAGGGGCACUGGACGCCCUCAAACGACAGUACCUGCGGCCGGUGAACACCGUCUACGCAAGACAUCGCUUAGCUACCCGGCAACAGCGGCCUGGCGAAUCGUGCGCUGAGUUUCUCCGAGCACUACAGACACUCGUCCGAGCUUGUGACUGCAAGACGCUCACGGCAGAACAGCAUGCGGAGCUGCUGGUGCGAGACGCCUUUGUGACGGGACUGAGGUCAGUGUACAUGCGCCAGCGGCUGCUGGAGAACUCGGAUCUUACCUUAAGCUCGGCGAUAGAGAAGGCCAACGCUCUAGAAGCUGCGCGGCAUAACGCCGACGCUGUCCAGUCGCGCGAUUCCCCGCCGGUUUCGUGGACGCCUCAGACCCCGCCACCGCCGGCUCCCGGGAGCGAAUUCGCCAACGCCGCCGCCAGUCGCGAUUCCACGAGCUCCCCGACCCAGACCACGGCUGUGGCCCGUAAGAAACUUGUGCUUUGUUAUUUCUGUGGCCAAAAGAAACAUCCUCGACAACGCUGUCCAGCGCGAGAAGCGACCUGCUCCAGCUGCGGAAAGCGGGGCCACUUCGCCAAGGUCUGUAAGUCUCAACCUCGAGCGGAGUGCAGCGCUGCGGGUGAAACGUGGGGGCCGCCAUCUUGCAUGCCGGGAUGUGGGCGGCCAUCUUUGUCGACGUCAGCACGCCCCGCCCCCGACCCUCCGAUGCUGACCGGGUACCCCGGAUGUGAGCGGCCAUCUUUGUCGGCGUCAGCAUGCCCCGCCCCCGACCCUCCGAUGCUGACCGGGUACCCCGACGGCGAUCCAACUCUGGCCACUGUGACUCUCGACCAAAGCGCCCCACACCAGCUUGCAAGAUCCAUGAUGGACAUCCAGGUGGAGGGGCAUUGGACUGGAUGCCUGUUUGACACGGGCAGCACUGGGAGUUUUAUUCACCCGGACACAGUGCAACGCUGCGGACUUGCAACGCGGCCGGUCAGUCGGAGGUUCCAUUUGGCCUCUGGGUCGCAGUCCGCAGACAUCCGGGCGGGUUGUGUAGCGACUUUGGUGGUGCAAGGCACAGUAUAUCGGGACUUUGAACUGCUGGUCAUGCCUAAUCUGUGUGCACCUGUGCUAUUGGGGCUGGACUUCCAGAGCCAUCUCGAAAGUGUGACUAUGGUAUACGACGGGCCCCUCCCACCACUCACUGUCAAGAAUCCUCAGUUUUGUGGGACUUCUUCACAUACCCCGCUACUGACCACACACACACACGGACACACACAUCCCAUCCAGAACCAGGCCAACAGCUGCGCUACCGACACUUGCAGCCUCUCCACUCUCAAGAUCCCUCCCCCACCGCUGUUCGCCAACCUGACCCCCGACUGUAAACCUGUGGCAACCAAAAGCAGGAGGUACAGCGCGGGGGACCGGGCCUUCAUUCGGUCGGAGGUGCAGCGGCUGCUCAGGGAGGGGAUCAUUGAGCCGAGCACAAGCCCUUGGAGGGCCCAGGUGGUUGUUGUUCGGACUGGGCAGAAAAAUAGGCUGGUGGUGGACUAUAGUCAAACCAUCAAUAGGUUUACGCAGCUUGACGCAUACCCCCUACCCCGCAUCGCGGAUAUGGUCAACCAGAUUGCUCAGUAUAAGGUGUACUCGACAAUAGAUCUGAAAUCCGCUUAUCACCAGCUCCCCAUCUGCCCAGAGGACCGCCCCUACACCGCCUUCGAGGCGGGCGGCCGGCUCUAUCACUUCCUGCGCGUCCCUUUCGGUGUCACGAAUGGUGUCUCUGUCUUCCAGAGGGAAAUGGACCGGAUGGUGGACCAGUACCAACUGCAGGCCACAUUUCCCUAUCUGGAUAACAUCACCAUCUGUGGUCAUGACAGGCCAGAUCACGACGCCAACCUCCAACGGUUUCUCCAAGUGGCCGCAGCUCUGAACCUUACUUAUAACAGGGACAAGUGUGUUUUUGGUACCACCCGCCUUGCUAUACUUGGUCUGUCACUGGGACCACCCUACCAGUUUGGCUGACGUCCCCGGGGCCAGUGCUGCUCCGGAAACAUGUGAGGAGCAAUAAAUACUCCCCGCUGGUGGAGAGGGUUCACCUUCUCCAUGCGAACCCCCAGUAUGCUUACGUGGUCUUACCUGAUGGGCGGGAGGACACAGUCUCCAUCCGCGACCUGGCACCCGCAGGUGCAGCAGACCACUACCCUGAAGGCUCUCCGGUAACUGUGAACCCUGCACCAGAGGUGACACCGUACUCACCAGGCCCUACACAGACUCCUCACGACACUUGUAUACCGGGCGUUUCGUACGCAUUUAUACCAGGCGCCUCGCACAUGCAUGAGGGAUCACCGGCGCCUAGUGGGCAAGAACACGCGCAACCCCCGUCCCCUGUGCAAUCGCCAAUGUUGCCGGCACCUAUGCGGUCACAGCCGGUGCUACGUAGAUCGCAGCGACAGAUUCGACCGCCUGAUCGGCUUGACUUGUAAGAACCUUCGCUACAUGAGGACUUUUUCAAACGAAGGGGGGGUGAAUGUGGUGAACUAUGUGCCUGUCGGGACACGCCCCUGCUGACUGCUCCUGUGGCUCCUCCCACAGGCCCCUGUAUAAAGGAGACCUGCGGCCUGAAGAUCGGCCUCAGUCUCCAGGACCUUGUAUGAUAGACACUCACUCCUGGUUCCUUCUUCCAGUCAAUAAAAGCCGAUAUCUCGCCUACGUCUCAGUGUGAGUUAUUGAUGGUGCAUCACUGGCUACAGUAGGCAACUGUCCACCAUGUGAUGGCCUGCAGCAGCUGCACACUCUUGCUUUGAGGCGGAGGGAUCAUUGGUUUAAUUCAAGUUUGGAAGUAACAUGGGAACAGAUGAGUUCUCAGCAGCCAGUGGUUGGCCUGGUCUGACCCUGGCUGGAGUUGGAUGUAGCAUUUUACAAGAAUGGGUAGUUAUUGAAUCAUUCUAUCUUUUGUGCCUUGUUCCCCUGAAACAACAUUCAAGAGGAAAUCUGCAACAUCCCACUUAUACAGCAUUUUGCAUCACACGGACUUCAGCUUCCAACAUUGCACAAAUUGUGUAUCUUCAGCUUCACCCGAGAUCACCACUCCAGCCCAUCAUGCCUUUCCUCAGAUGUCAAAACCCCAUUCCU